GAACGCUCCCGGGGUGCGCGCCGUCAGGGGGAGUUUGCCUGGUGGCCGCGCGGAGAGCCGUGUCAGGGGGCAGCGAGAGGGCAGCGCUGCAGUCUCCCUGCGUGCGGUGGCUGCGGGGCCCCUGACGCGAGUGGAACCUCGUUUUGGGCAGCACUUACUGACGGGAAAGGUUUGGAGGAAGCAACCAGGAACAGUGACCAGUCCUCCUCUCAUGAUGUGGACCUUUUUGGGUAUUGCCUCCUUCAUCUACGUGUAUAAAAAGUGCGGAGACCUCAUGACUUAUGCUAAUAAGGAGGUGCUACUGUCUGUGUUAGUGUUUUUCUCCCUCGGCUUGCUGCUGUCCUACAGAUACCACUUUAGGGGACCCAAGCAGCAGCAGCAGCAGCGUCAGAAGAAGAGCCACCUUAGGAUGCUCUCUGAUGUUCUCUCAGCUUUACCACUUGUUGGAUUCUUCUGGGCCAAACCCACCCCAGGAUCUCAACAAGUUGAACAACCCAGAUCCAGAAAGGGUAAAAGAGAUGUAAAGGUCUCAGAUGUGUAUCUGGCAGAGACUGCUUCAAAUGGAACUUUAUCACCCCAAUAUGAUCCAGAAAUUAUCAUCGUGGGAUCAGGUGUCCUUGGUUCUUCCUUGGCCAAGGUGCUCUCGAGGGAUGGAAGAAAGGUGACUGUUAUAGAGAGGGAUCUGAAAGAACCUGACAGGAUAGUUGGAGAAUUGUUGCAACCUGGAGGUUUUAAUGCACUGAGAGACUUGGGUCUUGAAGAUGCUGUCGAAGGUAUCGAUGCACAAAUAGUAAAUGGCUACAUAGUUCAUGACAGAGAGAGCAACUCGGAGGUUGAAAUUCCUUACCCAAUAUCUGAGGAUGGUCGCGUGGAGAGUGGAAGGUCCUUUCAUCACGGCCAGUUCAUCAUGGGUCUCCGAAGGGCAGCUAUGGCAGAGCCCAAUGCAAAAUUUAUUGAGGGGACUGUACUACAGUUGCUUGAGGAGGAUGACUGUGUCGUGGGUGUUCAGUACAAGGACAAAGAAACUGGAGACACUAAGGAACUUCAUGCACCACUGACUGUUGUAGCUGAUGGACUUUUCUCCAAGUUCAGAAAAAACUUGGUCUCCAACAAAGUUACUGUUUCAUCCCAUUUUGUUGGUUGCAUUUUGAAGGAUACACCACAGUUUAAAGCUAAUUAUGCUGAACUUGUUUUAGCCAAAACUAGUCCAGUGCUCAUCUAUAAGAUUUCCUCGACUGAAACUCGGGUCCUUGUUGAUAUUCGAGGUGAAAUGCCAAAAAAUUUAAAAGAAUACAUGACUGAGAACGUUCAUCCACAACUACCUGAUCACUUAAAGGAACCAUUCUUGAUAGCGGUGCAGAAUGAUCGCUUAAGGACGAUGCCAGCCAGCUUCCUGCCCCCUUCAACUGUUAACAAAAAAGGUGUUCUUCUUUUAGGAGAUGCAUAUAAUAUAAGACACCCUCUGACUGGGGGAGGAAUGAGUGUUGUUUUAAACGAUGUCAAAAUAUGGAGAGGUUUGCUCCAGGAUAUCCCAGAUCUUUAUGAAGAUUCUGACGUUCUUAAGGCAAAAAGAACAUUUUACUGGUCAAGGAAAAAAUCUCAUUCUUUCGUGGUGAAUGUUCUUGCCCAGGCACUUUAUGAACUCUUUGCUGCCACUGAUGAUUCCUUGCACCAGCUGAAGAGAGCCUGUUUCCAUUACUUCAGGCUGGGUGGAGAGUGUGUCUCAGGCCCCGUUGGAUUGCUGUCGGUGCUGUCUCCUAAGCCGCUGGUGCUGAUCGGACACUUCUUUGCCGUGGCAUUAUACGCCGUCUAUUUCUGCUUUAAGUCAGAGCCCUGGCUCACCAUACCUCGAGCGUUUUUCAAGAGUGGAGCUAUUCUUUACCGGAGCUGUUCUAUAAUAUUCCCACUUAUUUACUCUGAAGUGAAACAUUUAGUCUAUUGAAACCCAGGGGGAAACAACUGGAGGAAGAAAACCUGAAAGUCACUUGAAAGCCUUCAAAAUCUUUGGACAUGUACUAUUUAAUACUGUGUUAUGUUUUCUUCUUCAAAAUGCAAUUUCCUUGAUAAGGAUUUGACUUAAUCUGGGGGUUGUGGUUAUAUAUGGAUAUAUUAUAUGUAAAUAUUCUUUUCUUUGCAAUGAAAGUUGAAAAAGGAGUUAGCUGUUUACAAGGAGCAUAAUCAAGUGUUGACAUGCGGUAGGUAAUUGCCAGUUUUGUCAGAAUUUCAUUCCUUGCUUUAUCCGUGGCUGAGUGCACCACUAAUAUUAAUAAACUUAGAAGUGAAAACUGUAAA